UAACCAAAAUACUAUGAUACAUCUUGAGAGAGAAAUACUGCACCAGCACAAACUAAAUCCCCAUUUUUGGAUAGAGAAGCCAACUUUUGCUCUUGAGAGAGAAAUACUGCGAUAACGGUUGUUAUCCUGUCUCUAUAUAUACAAUAUUUCGUUUCUGCAAAUCAAUAUAUAUACACACACUAAUGGCCGCAUGCAUUUGAGUUGCUAGGAGUGAGAGAGAGAGAGAGGAUUAUUUGUUUCCUUUCAUUGAGGUGAUUUGUGGCGGAUCUUGCGAGUUGGAACCCCCAAGAAAUCUACCGUUUCUUGAUACGGCUACUUCCAAUUAACGGCGCCUUUCCCGUCUGAUUCGUUCCAGAUUUCGCUUCAUUUUCUCCCCCCUGUGAUUUCGAUUCCCAAUUUCCGCGCCUGAAAAUCGAAUUCGAUCGCGCUUGUCGUAUCAACCGAUUCUUUCCAUUUCGGUUUUCAAUAUUGUUAAAAAAGGAGUUAUCAAUUGAUUGAAAUUGAAUGGACGAUAGAAGCGGAGGAGGAGAAUCGUUUGUGGCGGUGAGGAGAAUGUCGAGUGGGCUUGAUCGCGGAGGCGCCUGCCAUUCUACUUCUGCAGAGGUUGUCACAGGAUCAUCUGCAUGGCUUGGCAGAGGACUCUCAUGUGUUUGUGUUCAGAGAAGAGACAGUGAUGCUCGCCCAUCAUUUGAUUUGACACCAAUGCAGGAAGAGUGCCUAGAUAGGCUUCAGAGUCGGUUAGAUGUUGCCUAUGAUGGUUCUAUCCCCGAACAUCAGGAAGCUUUGCGGGCAUUGUGGCAUGCUUCAUUUCCUGAAAAGGAACUCCAGAGUUUAAUUUCUGAUCAGUGGAAGGAAAUGGGUUGGCAGGGAAAAGAUCCAUCAACAGAUUUUCGGGGCGGAGGUUUUAUCUCACUGGAAAAUUUGUUGUAUUUUGCAAGGAACUUUCCGAAAUCUUUCCAGGAUCUUCUUCGCAAGCAGGAAGGUGAUCGGGCAAUGUGGGAAUACCCAUUUGCUGUAGCUGGGGUCAAUAUCACAUUCAUGCUGAUUCAGAUGCUUGAUCUUGAAUCCUAUAAGCCAAGAACUCUUGUUGGAGCAACCUUCUUGAAAUUUCUUGCUGAAAAUGAAUCAGCAUUUGACCUUCUAUAUUGUAUAACAUUCAAGCUAAUGGACCAUCAAUGGCUUACCAUGCGAGCUUCUUACAUGGAUUUCAAUGCUGUGAUGAAAGCUACUCGUCGUCAACUUGAAAGUGAGCUUCUCCAAGAAGACAUCAGAUACCUACAAGACUUGCCCUCAUAUAAACUUCUUAGUCGGUAGUGAAAUAGGGGUAGCUAUCGUGGUUUUGAAUGAAUGCAUAAGAGUGCUUCAAUACUGAAAUGUAGUCUAUCGGGUUCAAUCUUCCUCCAAAUUUGCUGCAUUCUUGGUUAUGGUGGAAGAGUACCAAGAAGCCAAGCGGAGUCUGUAUGCAAAAAGCAAGUUACCUCUAACUUGCACUUGAGAGGCAAAAUCCAAAUUGUGUCGAUUUCUUUUUAUAAUUUUUUUUCCAUUUGGAAGGAGGAUAUGUAUUUGUUAGGAAGAGUGAUAUUGUUGUGGUUGGAAUAUGAUGGCAGAUAUAAAUAGUAGUAUCAUCAAUAGUCAUUGCUUGAUGUAACUGCAUGCCCCCCUCUCUCUCUCAUGAGAUUUUUAAAGAUACGGUUUGUUUUUCCUUCUUA